AUGAUGGUGAGUGAUGGUGACGAGGAGGGUGGUGGUGAUGACAUUGAUGAGGAGGAUUGCUAUGAUGAUGACUCCGAACUCGAGAUCAUCGAACAGGAGCCGCGCUACCGACCCGAAGACAUCAACGCCCUCUGCCGCACCACCCAUUUCACGAGGCCCGAACUGCAGCGCCUCUACAGGAGCUUCAAGGAUCGGUGUCCUACGGGAGUCGUGCGCGAAGACGCCUUCAAGGAACUGUACUUUCAGAUGUUUCCAAAGGGAGCUAGCACAAGCAAGUAUCCUCAUUACGUCUUCAAUAAUUUGGAUAAAGAAAACACCGGCGUAAUAAACUUCGAGGACCUGAUCACCCUCCUGUCCCGCCUGUCGCGCGGCUCCCUCAACGACCGCCUUCAGUGGAUCUUCACCCUCUACGACCUGAACGGCGACGGAUGCAUCACCCGCCAGGAGAUGACGGAUGUGGUGCAGGCGGUGUACGACCUCAUGGGCAAGCAGACGGACACGCCGGUGGAUGAACAGACGGUCGGCCAGAAGGUGGAGAUGCUGUUUACGACGCUGGACCUGAACAAAGACGGCGUCAUCACCCUGGACGAGUUCACAGAGGCGUGCGCGCGGGACAGCACCAUCGUGUACAACAUCGACGCCAUGCUCCACUGCGACAUCGCCGUCCUCAACUCGAGCGACGUCUCCUCUGACGUCACGUCUUCGGAUCCCCCUCCGCGAGCCAUCAGGAGGUGUUUGAUGGUGGAUUGA